CAUAAUAUAAUGUUUGGGGGGGUCACCACAACAUGAAGAACUAUAUUAAAGGGUUGCAGGAUUAGGAAGGUUGAGAACCACUACUCUAGAGGAUGAUAAUAGGGCUUAUAAAUUAUUGGAAAAGCAGUAUUAGGAAAAAAAACAUUUUAAUAUGUUGGGGGGGAAAUGGUAGUCUUCAGAGUCAGCUUGGGGUGAUAGGCACUAACUAAACAAGAUCUUAGCUUUUAAAAUACUUCUGGUCUAACUUUCUUACAGCAUUAAAGUGACUGACUUUCCAUAAUGUUUGGUGGCUAUGAGACUAUAGAAGCAUAUGAAGAUGAUCUUUACCGUGAAGAUUCAUCUAGUGAACUGAGUGUUGAUAGUGAGGUGGAAUUUCAGCUCUACAGCCAAGUUCAUUAUGCCCAGAAUUUGCAUAGUGCCAACAAGGAAGAAAGGUAUGAGGAAAAGAACUGUGAGAAUUCUGAAACAGCAGGUAUUGAACCAAGCCAGAAGAACUUAAUCGUUCUUUCAGAUAGUGAGGUCAUCCAGCUAUCAGAUACAUCAGAGGUCAUCACAUUAUCUGAUGAAGAUAGUAUUUAUAGAUGUAAAAGAAAAAAUAUUAAAGUUCAAGCACAAGAAAAGAACCAAAGUCCUGCUUCUCCUCAUCCUAAUAAAUUGGCUAAGAAACGCAAGAGGGAUAAUGAGAAGCCUGAACCUGAAGAGACGUCAAGGGUAAUCCAAGAGGUCAUGGUCAUAGAGGUCAGUUCAAAUGAGGAGGAAGAAAGUACCAUUUCAGAGAAUGAAAAUGUGGAAAGCUGGAUGCUACUGGGAUGUGAGGGAGAUGAUAAAGACAAUGACAUCCUUCUCAACCUUGUGGGAUGUGAAAACACUGAUGCUGAAGGUAAGUGUCAUUGACUACUUUGAAAAGUGCUACCAUCUUUAUUUAAGGAGGACUGCUUUUCCUAGAUAAAAGACCAAUAGGGUCUGAUCCAUUUCAUUUCUCACUUUUUGAUCUUGGUUCUCAUGAGACUUUCCUACAAGAAGCUAUUCUAGUGGUGCUUUCUCUGAACAUGAUAAAGAACAUAUUAGAGUAUCAAGGAAACUGCUUCAACAGUAAGCAGAUUCAUAGCAUUCCUUCAUGAUUGCCUCGAGAGUCACUCUGGACCAAAAUCUUAGUUCUUAUUUUUUUGUUUUUAUUUAUUUAUUUUUUUUUGUUUUUUUGAGACGGGGUUUCUCUGUGUAUCUUUGGAG